UCCAAAUUAUCAUGCGAACCCUAAAACACCACACCCACGGCCACAGACUGCAUCAACUCUCCACUGGACGCUUCCCUCUCCAAUCUCAGACACGCACACCACCACUCUCAAGCACCGCCCGACCCGGCUUCUUCUCAAAAUUCUAAGAUUGUUUAUUUGCAGAGAUGAGAAUGAUAGCUCAGGUUUCGUUGCGUUGCAUUAGGGAUGGAUUCUUGAGUAGCGGGCGAUUUCAGGCUCCUCAUCUUAUCAAAUCCCUCUCUACAAAUGCUCCUUCAGAUAAUUGGAUUGGAGACAAUCAAAGCUCCAAUUCUUUUGAGUCUGCUGAUGGCUUUGAGCAACGAAUAUUUGGUGGCAUUGAUGGGGGUAAUUCACAUUCAGAAUCCUUUUUCCAAAAGCUUGAUAGACUGGCAAAGGCGCGCAAUGGACCUGGUUCAAGGCUGAAUGAACGAAAUAGUUCUGAUGAUUUAGAUUCGAGUUUUAACACAUUAAAAGAUGGAAUGGAUGAAAAGUUACAGGAAGCAGCUGGAUAUAUAGAUGUUGAUAUUGAUGAUAUAGAUGAGUAUAGGCCAGAUGCACACUUUGAAGAUGGAGAUACUUAUGACAUUAAGGAUUUGGAUCUCACGAAGCCAUUUGCACGUAGAGAAAGACGGGAUGAAUUUUGUGUAACUACUGCGGAAGUUCUGAGUAAAGCUGAUUUUCGGAAUGUUAGAUUCCUUGCAAACUUCAUAACAGAUGCUGGAAUUAUUAUUAAGAGGAGACAGACUGGCAUAAGUGCCAAAGCCCAGAGAAAGGUUGCAAGGGAGAUCAAAACAGCUCGAGCUUUUGGUCUGAUGCCUUUCACAACAAUGGGGACAAAAUCAUUUGUUUUCGGCACUACUAUGCAGAGUCAAGAUGAGGAUUUUCAAUAUCGGUCUUAUGAUCACUCAGUUGAUGAAAAAGAUCAUGACGAAGCUUAGAAGUUGUGCCAUCUCUUCAGCCCAUGUUCUUCACUCCCUUUCUUUUGGCCCAGUUAGGUGCAAUAAUAACUACUAGUAUCGGGUUUUGAUAAAUUUAUUGAGGGACUUUUGGAAAAGUUAUGCCACAAUUUGAAUGUUGUAGUGUGCUGGAUAGAAAAUAAUAUAUAACUAGUUCCUUUACCUGUGCCACAUUGCAGGCUAA